CAUUUUCCACAAGCAUUUAUCCUCACCUAUGUAUAUGUGUACGUUAUCUCUUUGUCUGCUUUUAUGUACCUUUCACUCGAUGCGAAUAUUCUUAGAAAACACUCAGCCACGUCCAUCCAUAGCUAGAAUGAUAAAAUGAAUAUCAAAUCUCAGUAGAUAAACAAAUAGGAAGAUAGAGGAAUUGGAACAUCUAGAGAUAAGAAAAUAGAAAAAUAGGAGAACUCUGCUUAAGAACAAGAAAGUUCCUCAUCACUCCAAUUUAAUACAAUUUCAUAAAGGUCUUGUCACUCCAUCAACAUUCCACUUACUUCGAUUCCAGUAUCUCCAAUCCUAAAAUCCAACAUCCCUUAAACACCAAUAUUCUACCAACCCAGGUAACAACAUCACGUGACUCAUCCACAAACCGAACAACCACAAAGUAGCCGUUAUGGCAGACAACGAUGAUGCGAUGGAGGACGAAGAAGAUACAAAAUCCGGCGAACCGAUCUCCGAACACACGCUUAAAAGUCCAUCCGAAGCUGCUGAGGACAUGCUAGCCUCAGAAUAUUGGAAAACACCAUCAGAUGCGCCAUCGAUAGCUUCAGAAGUGGUAUCCGUAGCACGAAAUAACGCUCGAGGCUCUCCAAAUGCCCAAUCCAGCAGAAGUAUCCAAGAGCCUCAAGAAGAGAAGCUUUCGAAGAGCCAAGAAGAAUUUAGAAAGUCUCAAGAGAUCGGCCUAAAUGACAAGAAGCCAUCUUUGGACGAAUUAAGCAAAGACAAGGUCCCUAAAACCACCAAGAUGUAUCGACAGUGUCAUCGUCGAUUCAGAGAGAUCAUCGGCAAACGCGAGCUGAGGAACGUGGAACUAGAGAAGCAUCAAGGUGAUCUGAAGAAGAGAUUGAAUAUUCUGGAGUGUUCCAUGCCAGCUGUGAUGGUCUGGAACAUGUGGAGAAUGAGUCAGGGUACCUGUGUUCCUGGACUUCAACGAAUCAUGGAGAAACAGUUUGAAGGUCCAGCUUCUGGAGAAGUGUACUGCCCCAGCACACCUAGUAGACACUUUGACUGUAGAGUGAGGGAAGUUGAGGCUGAGAGGAAACAGGCUCAAAAAAGAAUGCAGGAUGCCAAGGCUCUUUGCGCCGAGAAGGAAGCUGCAUUAGAAGAUAGGAAUAAAAGACUGGAAGAAGCUAAGCAGUUGCAACAGGAGAUUAAGUUAAGGAUUGAACAACUGACUGCCGAGGUUCAAAAGCUUAGAGAGACUGCUGCUAAAGUGGAGGAUGAUGGGCAAUGUGAAUGUGGAAUAAUAGAGUGCAAGAAAAAAUGGUUAGAGAAAGUGCCCAGCUGCGCGUCCAUCAAGUCAAACGAUAUCGAAUGUCUAGAAAAGUUACAACAGCUAGCAGAAAACGAAGUGUACAUGAAAAGAAAGAUCGCGGAACUGGAAAGUCGUGAGGAAGCUUACAUGAGGACCCUCCAACAAGCAGACGAAUUAUGGUGCAAGGUGGACGCUGACGCAGCCAGUACCGUGAGUGCCUUACAGGAACAAUUACACAUGAAGACAGCGGCGAAUCAACAAAUGGCUAAUCGAAUUUGUCAAUUAGAAGACGUGAUAGAACAGUUGAGGAAAAGGCUAGCAACAUGCAGAGGCGAAUUAGAAAAAUACAUGAGCAUAAGCAAGAUAGAGGCUUUGAUAGGCAAAGAUGAUGAUUUUGCUGAUGUGCUUGAGAAGGGAAUACUAGUUGAAGUCCCUGUAAAAGACAAAGAGGUUGGUAGAGUUGAAGACCUAGCAGACGUUGACGAUGUGGGUAUCCUGGUUAAGGAUGACGUGGUCGACAAAGAUAUUCUAGCUGUGGUAGAGCUAGUUGACAUCGAUCUAGAGGCCAAACCAGAUAUAGUUGAUGUCGACAUAGAAAUGAAACCUGAUAUGGUAGACGCUGCCAUGCGCGUCGUUCGAGCAGACCUUAUAGACGUGGAUGACGCUCAAAUGGCGAUCCAUCCAGACGAUUUUGCCUAUGAGGAUGAGAGGCUGAAGCAAGCUCAAGAUUAUUUGGCAAGGAUAGGAUCUCUUUCGGAGCUAGAUAAAUAUGGAGAUGACUAUAUCUGUGCUUCGGACUUUAUUUGCAACGAUGUCGUGCUCUCUGAAACUGGACUAACAGAGGAAGAGAUGAUUGCUUUGAACGAGAAUCGUGUUACACCACAGGAGUUACUAGAAAAAUAUGGUUGGAAGUUUGAUUUGGCAGAACUGAUGGCUCAAGCUACUGCGGAGGAUGAGGAAAUUCGGGCACCGCUAGCUGUUCCACCUGUUGAAAAGGAACAAGAAAUUGAGGUUCAGGAUAAAGAAGUAGAAGACCCUUCAACAAAAAUAGAGAUAACUAUCGAAGAAACUAUGGUUAUUGAGGAAAGUAGAAUUGAAGAAACUCAGGCUGUAGAAGAUAUUGACUCUGCUGAGGAAUAUGAAUCAUUAGAAGACACCGACGCUAUUGAGGAAAUUGCAGAUGUGGAAGAAGCUAUUCAAGAACCUAGACCUGUAGAAGACUUAGAAGCUAUUGAGAAGUAUGAAUCUGUAGAAGACAUUGAGUAUACAGAGAGAAUUGAACUUGUGGAAGAUAUUACCCCUACAGAAGGCAUUAGACUUGUCGAGGACAUUGGACCCACUGAGGAAAUUAAACCUAUUCCUACAGAUGAAAUUGAACCUAGACCUAUCGCAGAGAUUGCACCCGCUGAGGAAGUCAAACCUACUUCUACGGAAGAAAUUGAACCUAGACCUGUCGAAGAGAUAAGACCUACUGAGGAAGUUAAACCUAUUCCUACAGAAGAAAUUGAACCUAGACCUAUCGCAGAGAUUACACCCGCUGAGAAAGUUGAGCCUAUACCUAUAGAAGACACUACAACUGUAGAAGAAAUUAGACCUGUCGAAGACGUCAGACCUUUCGAAAGAGCUACCCCUCUUGAACCUACCAUAGUUGAAAAGGAAAAACCGCUUGUAGAUGAAAGGACAGAUGUUCCACCAAGCGAUGUUCCAGAAGAAAAAAUUGACAAAGAUAAUGUCCUGGUCCCACGACAAGAGAUGUUAUUAUGGCAGGAUGACGUGGAUACUAUUCGAACAACAAUCGCGGAAUGUCCUGAUUGUGUGGAUGUAAAGAAGGAAGCUGAUCAGUUAGCUACUAUGAUGUCAGCGUACACUGGAACCGACGUGAAAGAAAUAGUCGCGAAGCCGAGACCUCGCGAAGAAGCAGUCGUGAAAAUACACGAAGAGAAACUUGGUGAGAGAGAAAUUGAAGUACAAACGAAACCAAAAGUUGCUGAAGUAGAAGUGACUGCUGUGGCAGAAGUAGAAGAAAAGGAAGUUAUAGUCAAAGUUCCAGAAAAACCUGAAAGGCUGAUCGAACUUGAAUCAGAGUAUCCUCUUGAGCCACCAACAACGCCAUCGAUCUCUGGUGUGACACCUCAAGCAGAAAAAGUCGCUAUGCCAGAAGUGGUGCAAAAACUGGAAGAAAGUACUCCGGUUGCUCCUGAAGAAACUCCGAAAGAAGUAGUAGAAGAACUUGAGAAAAUGCCAAUGAUUCCUGAAGUAGACAAAGAUACAGAUCCAAUAGAAAAGAUUGAGGAAGAAGAAAUAAUGAAAGAAACCGAAGAAAUAAUGGUAGAAGAAUUAUCAGAAGAAGAAAUCGAAGAGAAGGAAGAAGAGAAGCUUCCAGAGAUAGUCGAAAUCAAGGUGAAGAAAGAUGAAAUUGAUAUAGAAGUCGAAACACCAGAGGAAAGAGAAGAAGAAUUGGUUCCUGAAGAGGAAGAGGAAAUUAAAGAAGUGCCAGUGGAAGAGAUUGAAGAAAUUGAAAUUCCAGUGGAUGUUAAGGAAGAAGAAAUAUAUGUAGAGAUAUUACCAGAGGAGCGAGACGAAGAGUUAGUUGAAGAAGAGCUAGUAGAAAAAGAAAUACCUGUAUGGAAGGAGCCAAAGGUACUUACAGAAGAAGAAAAAGAAAAAGAAGAAGAAGAACUCAUCUGUACCUGUCCACUUAUACCUCCUCCGGUUAGUAUCAAAAUAAAUAUUUUUUCAAUUCUAACGGGUCUAAUUUACCUGCAUGGAUCCUCAAAAUUUAUAAUCCUCAAAAUCUAAUCUCAAUCCUCGUCUUGCAGCCCCGCAAGAAAAUAGAGAUCACUCAAACAGAAAUUACAAGAAUCGAAACUGUUCAGGUGAUCACACAAACAGUCGUAGACGCCGAAACACAAACGACGCCAAGAAUAACCAGACAAGCUCAACCACAACUAGUGACUAUUACGAAAGCUAUAGAUCCUGAUUCAGCCACUAUGGAACAACUGUUGAAUUACAGGCAGCCUUUGAAGGAGCGAAUAGCGGCUAUGGCAAUCACUGGAAGCUCACAUAUACACAAAAGCACAUCCUUCCACGCGAGCGGAACAGAAAUUGGUGAUCGUCCUCCUUUUGUUCAGGAUCCUGAUAUUCUUCGUAGCGCUUUUCCUGGUCCUCGUGGUCCUCGUUUUGUUCCUCCUGGACCUGUUGGCUUUCUAGGUUCUCCUGCUGGUCCUCGUGGCCCACCUCCUGCCCGUAGUCCAAUUCGUAGCGUUCCUCCAGGUACUCAAGGUCCAGUUCCACCUCACCAUUCUCUCUCAUCUGUCCUCCAAACUCUUAGAGCUGAGGGAGCCCGAAUAAAAUCGGGCCCAGAAAGGGAACUAAGGUCCGUUUAUUAUGGCAAAAUGCCUGGCGAGCUAGAUCAAGACAAAUGCAACUGUUGUCAAUGUGGCAAAACUAUGCCCACUCCGUUACAAGGUCCUAAAACUCAAGUAAGACAACAGCCAACAUUGCCAAUAUUCAAAGGAAUACCAGCCGUGCCAGCGCCUAAGAAGACUAUCGGCCUAAGUACUGAUAAAACAGUGCAACACCAGAGUUUUUGCCCAGAAUGUAAACUGAGGAAGCUCCAGGAGGUUCUGAGAGCCCAGGAUCCUCUGAAAAGAACUACCAAGAAGCCCACAAAGGAUCAAGAGGUUUGUACCUGUGCAAUUCAACUUGGAAAGGGCUUGCCUUGCCACCAGAAGAUGAAAAAGAAGACAGAUCGAAGUUGUAUGGCGAAGAUUCCUAAAGUCAAGACUGAUCGAUCAAAGAUAAUAGAAGAUGACGAGCAAAAUUCAGUACGCUGCGCUUGCAGCGGGUUGAUAGAGACCAAGCCUGGGGUUAUGAAGAAGGUGCACUGUUCUUGCGGUGACCCUGAUUGAUCUUCGUAACUCAUUUUUUGAAAAAGUGGUAGUGAAAAAGGAUCAGAAUAUUUUGCUGAAGAACUUGUUUAGAAUUGGCUAUCGAUGGCGCUACUUGGAAUAAUACUUGUCGAUUUCUGGAACAUCUUGGAUGAAUAGAAGGAGGACAUGAUUCAUUCUGGACGCAUUCACCGGACGAAGAAACGUCCACCAGAGGCUUCUAACUGGCUGAACAGAAAUAUAGACUCAACGAUGGAUGCGACAAAGGAAAUGGUAUGUAAUUUCCAAUAAUGUGGCCAGUUGAAUGGCGCUCUUUUCAAAUCAAUAGUGCCAGACUAUUGUACCAGGGGACGAUAGUCCUUUCAUCGAACCAACGCGUAAUAGGAUCAAUAGUCAGCACAAAAUUAAAUUUGAGAUUAUCCAACUGUAAGAAAAAAAAAAAGAGAAACAUUUGCUGUGUCCAGUGUGCCAUUUUUUGGUAUUGUUUUGUGAUCGUACAAAAUGUAAAUUCGUCGCUCUGUACAUAUAUAUUAAAUUUUGCUUGUCUAUCAGAGCGUUUGAGUUUUUCUAUUGGAGAUUUUAUUGGCUUGUAGCCC